GUUCUACAGUAGAAUGCAAGCUUCGAAUUUUUAUCAUGUUUGUACUCUUACUGUCUUCAGCUACGUUGGAAAUAUCGUUUGUUUACCGUUUAGUGAAGCUCCUUAUGACAUUUAUUAUUUCAUACUGAGAGCCGGCGAAAGACAAACACGAACGAAAUCAUCCACCGUUCUCAAAGUCGUGAGAAUUCCUUUGGAACGAAUCUAUUCAUUCCUUUUUUUAGUAGAUUAUGGGCUUAUUUCAGUCAAAGUUUGAACCGGUCGUCGAUAGCAGGCGAAAGCGAAUCCUUCCUUUGUUUCGUGCAAAUCACAGUCAACAUCGUCCAUUGGAUGAAGAAGGACACAUGAAUUGCUUACCAUUAAUGUUAUACGGCUGCAUUUUUUCCAACUGUGAGCAAAAAGAAAUCAUCAGCCUCUUUGAGAAUACUGCACCAUUUCUCGAAAAGCAAACCCAUAAGAACCUAGACACAUAUGAAUUGGAUACUUCAGUCUAUAAAGCACACGUUGGAUUUCCAGAAUUUAUAGAGGGAUUCGUUCUGUUUUACGAAGAUCGACUUGUGUACGAUGGUGGUUACAAUGUUUACGAUUUGACACGUAAAACCCUCGAAGCUGAUCCAGAAUACAUCUUUGGCCUCUGUUAUGAAGGAUGUGCUCCACUUGCGUACCUGGGCAUUGGUCUAGAAUUGGAUAUCCAGGAAACCGUCAUAGAUGCAUUCGCAGCAGCUGCAUGUUUUUCUCCUCCUAUUUCCGAUUCUGCUCCCCCAAAAGAACCUCCCACAUUUUGUAAAAUAGUACAAGAGGGUGGUCUUUCUGUGGUUGAAUUUUUGCAAUUCUUGGAGAAGAAUUCUUUUCAAUCUGAUAAUCCCCCUAAGCCAUUCACUAUCACGUCGUUAAAAUUGCAACAAGCUUUUAGAACGAUGGCUGAAAGAGAUUUUCUUCGGUACUAUACUGCUUACCUUGCAGCAACUGCUAUUCAUUUACUGGAUGAAAGACAUGAGGAAUCUGUUGCCAAUCUCCUCUCCCCUCUCUGUUCUCUGUUCUUAAUUUCCUUCAAGCAGAUACCUUCCUUUUUCUCUACUUCUAUCGUAAACUCUACUUGGAAACCCAUGGCUGCACUGCCAUCCAAAUCUAAAACAACAUAAUUUACAGCUUCAUAAACUACUACCAUUCGAUACUUCAUUUCAUCUAAAGUUUUUUUUUAUAUAUAUAUAUAAUCAAUUUUUACCCAAAA